UGUGCUUGCAGCUGUCAAUGCUAUGCAUUACAACAUACAGGAGAGAUUUGAGAGGGGUUCCACUUUGGACAAAGCCAUGGCUGAUAUGUCCUGGUGCCUGUUGAUUACUUUGCUAUUUGUUAAGUCAUCUGUUACACACAACGAUCCCUACCAUGACCAGCCCAAACUACUCACGGAAAACGGGAACCUUAUAAUCAUGGCAGGAGCUGACAAAAAUAUCACCUUGAAGACGUCCGGAAACGGCUAUGUGAACCUCAACAAUGAAAAUCUUCUGCAGAUAGCGACCACGGCUCGUCAAGCUGCAGACACAGUGGUUCGAUUCCGGCAGAACUCUGAGGGAAGAAUGGAAACUCGUCUAAGCUCACUUAACCGUCUGGUCACCGGACCUCAAGGCUUAUCUGCGAGAUUGAGAACUCUGGAACGAACAAUGUCUGGAGGAAAUGGAACAACCACACCAUUUGCAUCUGGAACAACUAGAUCCAGCAACAUCCGAAUCAACCGUUUGGGAACCAGGGUAAGGACUGUUGAAGUUCAACUGCGAAACUUGCGCAACUUGCUGACAGUAGACGAGUGCCUCAGCAACCCAUGUAGGAACGGAGGAACAUGUCAGGACAUGUACAACGGGUUUAUAUGCAACUGUCCGACAAACUGGCAGGGAAAGCUAUGUGAUGAAGAUGUGAAUGAAUGCGCCAUGUUUGCCGGAACCGAGUCUGGAUGCAGGAAUGGAGCGACUUGUUUGAACAAGCCCGGUUCGUACGACUGUGUUUGUGCAGACGGUUGGUUUGGACUGCAUUGCACCCUUCGCGUGAACGACUGCACAGCGACCGACAGCGCACAGCUGUGUGGACAUGGAAUCUGUGUAAAUCAAGGGGGCACAGGCAGAGGCUACACUUGUAUCUGUAAUGAGGGUUGGACUACUGAUCUCGCCCAUUCCUGCACUGUAGACAUUGAUGAGUGUCAAGCGAAGCGAUAUCCGUGUUCUCAUGAUCCUCUGGUGCAGUGUAUUAAUCUACCAGGGUCUUAUCAUUGUGGAUUUUGCCCACCUGGCUUCACUGGUAACGGAUUUCAAUGCACAGACAUCAAUGAGUGUGAAACUAACAACGGAGGCUGCAGUCUUGUCCCGAGAGUCACUUGCCACAACACAAAGGGAUCCCACAUCUGUGGACAGUGUCCUCCCGGGUAUUCAAGGGAUGGAAUGGUCUGUACACCUGUCGCUGGAGGGAGAUGUAGCUUCAACAAUGGUGGAUGCUACCCGAUGGCUAGGUGCUUUGAAAAUGCAGGCAUUGUCAGCUGUAUGUGCCCUGAUGGGUACGCAGGAGAUGGUUACGGUCCAGCUGGUUGUAGUCCUUCCGCAAUGGCUGUACAUCCUUGCCACGCCAGACCGUGCAAGAACGGCGGAACUUGUGUGGAGGUUGGCUCAAGAGCAGUGUGUAACUGUCAUCCCCACCUGACUGGCGCUGACUGUAGUGUGGUGAUGUAUGCCACUUGCACUCCUAACCCCUGUGUGAACAACGGCACCUGCACCAUACAAUAUGUAGCAGGUGCGUCCACGGCCAGGUGUACCUGUCCUCAGGGAUUUGAGGGAGAGAGGUGCGAAACUGUUAGUGGUGAUUGUGGAGGAACGUUUUAUCAAGACUCGGGAGUACUUCAGGUUCCCACUGGAAAUAUGGUUCAGAAAUAUCCCAAUGGAAAGCUCUGCACUUGGAUCAUAGAAGUGUCAUCAAACAAAGUUGUCCAAGUCAACUUUACUGAGCUUGUCAUGGACCCUUCUGAGAACUGUGAAAGAAAUUACAUCAAGAUACACCAACCAACAGCCACAAAUCCAGUCAACUUUGACCAACGCAUCUGUCACACUGGUCUAUUGCCCAAGGUCACAAGUGUCUCAAACAUGGUCAGGAUUGAAAUGUUCACAACAACAGGCAUUCAAGAGAAUCGGUUCAAACUUACUUGGAAAGCUGUUGAACCAGCCUGUGGAGGAGAGUUUCAAGUAGUGACCCAUGGGACCAUACAGUCCCCCGGAUAUCCCCACAACUAUCCGGCUAACCAGGACUGUGAGUGGAGAAUCAAAGGUCCUCCGGGAAAGCGAAUACAGGUGUUGUUCAACAACAUUGAUUUGGAGCCUUCCACCGACUGUUCCAAGGAUUUCCUCAGACUGCAAGAGUUUGAAAAUGAUGAGCCCAGCAACCUACUGGCUCAGUUCUGCAACAGCUCCACCCCUGCGCCGAUCACUACUCACCACUCGGCGGCCUACUUCAUCUUCCACUCGGACAGCGCCGGCUCUGGCUCCGGCUUCCGGAUCACUUACACGCUUGUUGAUGGCUGUGGAGGGGUUUUGACAGCAGGUAAGGGUGACAUCAGCCCUCCUAUGGGACACAAUCACAGGUACUUGAGUGAGCAAGAUUGUGAGUGGAGAAUACAACUGCCUCUGGGCGACAAGAUCAACAUCGUCUUCAACAGUUUUGACCUUGAGGACCGGACGGACUGUGAUGACUAUGUUGAGUUGAGGGAUGGCCUGCUAGCCACGUCUCCCCUGGUAGGACGUUGGUGUGGAUCUACAGUACCUCCACCUUACACCACAUCGGGCAACACUCUCACUGUCAUCUUUCAUUCAGACUUUGUCAUUGAGGGAGACGGCUUUACUCUCCACUAUGAUACAGUUUGUGGAGGCGAGUUUACUGCGCGCUCUGGAGAGAUCUGGAGUCCCAACUACCCCCAGCCCUACUCUGCAGAGCGGAUGUGUGUGUACAUCAUCAGCACUCCUCCCAGUACUGCUAUACAACUCCACUUCCAGGACUUUGAGCUGGAAAAGCUCGGAGAGUCGUGUGACUACGACUACUUGGAGAUUCGUGAUGGUGACAACGCAAACUCUACAUUGGUUGGAAAGUUCUGCGGAGGAGAUGCACCACCUGAUGUGAUAUCUACACACAAUUACUUGUACAUUACACUUACGGUUGACUCUUCCUACCAACAACGAGGAUUCCUUGCUAAUUAUUCAACAAUCGAUUUGCCUUGUGGUGGUAUACUGAAGCAGACGACGGGUGUGUUUUCCGCGCCCCAGACAGAGGACGGGUACCCACCCAGCACCUUGUGUCACUGGGUCAUCUCUGCUCCGCCCGGCUGGGUGGUGCAGCUCGGUUGGCUGUCCUUUCACUUGGAGUACUCACGAGACUGUGCCAUGGAUGCGGUUACCAUCUACGAGAACAACACUGAGACCGGCAACAGCACGCUUCUAGACAGGUACUGUGGAUUAAAACUUCCCCCAACAACUGUGAGCACUACUAACCUGGUCACUGUAACGUUCCAUUCAGACGACAGCGUUCACAGGGAAGGCUUCACUGCGCAUUAUGUCAUGGUGGACCAGCGGAAAGUUUGCGGAGGUACCAUCCGAUCAGUAAGUGGGUCGAUUGCAACACCAAACUAUCCAGAAGAUUAUCCUGACAACAAAGAGUGCAUUUGGAUCAUCCACGUACCUCAAGGCCGGCAGAUAAAACUCAGAUUUGAAUCUCUUGACAUUGAAAAUACUUCACCUAGUUGCGCCUAUGACAGUUUAACCAUCAGGAAUGGAUUGCACGAGACCUCACCAAUUGUUGGCAAGUACUGUGGUAAAAUGACGCCUCCUGAAGUUACAUCUCUCACUAACGGACUCUGGAUACACUUCAGCUCAGACAGAUCCGCAACCUACAAAGGGUUCAGGGCUACUUGGGACGCGGCUACCACUGGGUGUGGGGGUAUUCUCACCAGCCCCUCUGGUACGCUGUAUUCCCCCAACUACCCUCAGGGCUAUGACAGGUUUGCUGAAUGCUUCUUCAAGAUCUCGAUCUCCCAAGGAAGCAAAGUACGGCUUUCCAUCGUGGAUCUGGACUUAGAAGUGCACUCUCGUUGUAUUCUUGACUACAUCGAGGUGUUUGAUGGACUGGACCACAGAGCCAAAUCCCUCGGCAGGUAUUGCAGCCCAGCUCAUCCUACUCAUAUAGAAGCCUCUCAUGAGCAGAUGUACAUCAAGUUUAAGUCAGAUAUCAGCAACUCAGGCCGUGGAUUCCACCUUAAAUACGACACAGACUGCAAUGUAACGCUGAGGAGCCACCACGGCGUGAUCGAGUCGCCCAACUACCCUGGAAACUACGAGUCCAACGCCAACUGUAUGUGGAUGAUCCAGGCACCCUUGGGUAACAAGAUCAACAUCAGCUUCGUCCACCUGGAGUUGGAGGAGAGCAGUCGACCUUAUGCACCUCCGGGGACCAAACUGCAAGAUUGCAGAUACGACUUUGUAGAGAUACUGGAAGGCACUCAGAAUCGUACACCCACCACAUCUCUGGGUCGAUUCUGUGGCAACGCUCUUCCACCGCUGAUCUCUUCUACAUUGGAUCAAGUUUACGUUCACUUUAUCACCGAUAACACCUUCGAACGAACAGGUUUCCACUUGGAAUGGGUGGUGAAUGGUUGCGGAGGAACAUUCCGUGAUCGUCCGACGGGAAAGUUCACCAGCCCCAACUAUCCCAACGGAUACCCUCUAGAUGUGGAAUGUGUGUGGAAAAUCAUUGCACCUUGGGAAAAGAGCAUCGAGAUUACAAUCUCCGAGCUUCAUGUGGAGGACAGUCACUUGUGCGGCAAUGACUUCAUUGCAAUAUACAGUGGUGAGGAUGAAACUUCUCCACUUCUAUUAAAGGCGUGUCACCUUCAGACCUCUCCAAUCAUCACCACAACCUCCAGCAACCAUGCAUUUAUCAGGUUCCAGUCUGACAUAUCCAUCAGCGGUCGAGGGUUUUCUGCCACGUAUAGGUUUGUCGAUUCCAAAUGUGGUGGUAAGUUCACUGCACCCUUCGGUACGAUCCACUCGCACAACUACCCCAAGAACUAUGAUAACCACGACGACUGCGAGUGGUUGAUACAGGUACAGCCCAACCACCUCAUCAACCUCACGUUCACUGACUUUGACCUGGAGGUUUCACGUGAGGACACGACCACAGACUUUGUCAAAGUUUACGACGGAGACUCUAUCAAUGAUCCAGUGUUACUAACACACAGUGGCAAUGUUCUGCCUCAACCUGCUUAUGUCAUCUCUACCAGCAACUCACUACUCGUCCGGCACAAAGCUGACGGAUCACUGACCGCCAAGGGGUUCAGCGCUAUGUAUUCCCUCGCCUGUGGAGCUCGUAUUUCUGCUAAUGGCUCAGGCACAUUCACUCUAGACCACGUAGUAAGCGGUUCUCAUCCUGGAAAGGAAGACUACAGCCCAAACUGCACAUGGUACAUCAUUGCAGAAGAUCCAGCGGAUAAGAUUCUGCUAACAUUCACAUACUUUGACACGAGUCCAAAUCAUGAAAACACGGAGGAGGACUGUUCGUACAACUACGUGGCCGUGCACGACGGAGAUGACACUAAUGCCACCACAGUGCUGCGGCAGUGCGGCACCAAACUGCCGACACCUGUGAGAAGUAGCGGAAGCGCACUGACUGUACAGGCGGUUAGCCUGUCCUCUGGGGGACCUCUGGGCACCUUCGAAGCAAUGUGGUCCACAUUGUCUACUGCCUGUGGUGGGGAGUUGACUUCAGAGCAGGGAGAGAUUGCUUCACCAAACUGGCCUGAUGGAUAUCCACCCAAUGCUGACUGUGAGUGGGAGCUCAAGGCCAGUAUAGGCAAUAAAGUGUCUCUGACUUUCAUGAAAUUUGACCUCGAGGAAAGUGAGUUCUGCAAUACGGACUAUGUUGAGGUGCGUACCAAUUCCAGUAGUGGUCCACUACUAGGAGUGUUCUGUGGCUCGGAACUUCCUCUCAACAUCACACCUUCGGCCAACUCUCUCUGGAUCAGGUUCCGCAGUGACAACCUCAAUACCGCCAAAGGCUUCCUUGCUGAGUACAGUCUAGUUCACGGGAACGAACUGGCUGGUGAGGAGGGACAAAUAGCCUCUCCUAUGUAUCCUCGACCUUACAUCCAGAGCGGGAAGUUCAAGUGGACCAUUAUAGUUUCCAACACCAAGGUAGUCCAAAUUACCUUCAGUGACUUCUACAUGGACCAGUAUGGCAGAGAAGGCUGCUAUAUGUCUCUUCAGGUGUUUGACGGACCUGAUGUUACUUCUCCCUCCCUGCUAGAGGUCUGCGGAGCGUUCCUACCCACCCCUGUCACCUCCACUUCCAACGUCGUCACUGUCACAUUCAACAACGACCCCUGGCAUCGUGGCUCCGUCUUCUUGUUGUCUUGGAAAGCUGUCUCCCCAGAGACAAAGGCGGAAAACACUUCUAUGGAAGAAAACCUGGGCUGUGGGAAGCUGAUUCACUUGAGUCCUGCCAACAACUCUGACAUCUUCACCACUCCGGGCUAUCCUAAAAAAUACGACAGUGGCUUGACAUGUGACUGGAUCGUUGAUACCAGUCCUGGCUUCCAUAUUGAGCUAAAGUUUACUGCGUUUGAUCUGGAAGAGUUUGAAGAUUGUGAUGCAGACUCUGUUACAUUAUAUACGGAAUCUUCCGACACUGGUGGAUGGAAGGCCAUCUCUCAACAAUUGUGUCUACCCAACACGACAGAUAUGGUAUUUUUGGCGGAUAGAAAAAUGAAGAUACAUUUUGAGUCUGAUCAUUCAGCUGAAAAGACUGGAUUCUCCGCUAAGGUCUCCACUGAAUGCGGAGGCAUUUUGACUGGCCCCAAUGGAGUUUUGGACACCUCGCACAUCAAAGGAAAUAUGACCACAAACAAAAUAACUUGUGACUGGGAGAUAAGAGUUCGGUCAGGCCGAACAAUCAAAUUCACUUUCUCCGAGUUUGACUUGCCAAAACUAGGACAAGAUUCUUGCAUUACUAAUUUCAUAAUGAUUCGCAAUGGAGGCUACAAAGACUCCCCUCCGCUCGGACAGACCAAGUACUGCGGAGACAUAGUUCCUUUAGUCCCAGAGACGUCUUCUAACAGAGCCUAUAUUUCUUAUAGUGCUAGACCUAGCGCUCCGGGUAUAGUCCUCCAAUAUGCAGAGGUGGAUUAUGAUUGCCGCCAUGAGAUCAAGCUGGGCACUAUGACCAACUUUUCUAUCAGUUCACCCAACUACCCGCAGCCUCCGUCGACACCCCAUAUCACUUGUACAUGGGUCGUCACUGCACCCCCGGGAGAAGCCGUCACGCUGGACUUUGUCAACAGAUUCGAUCUCAAGUAUGCACCAAGCUGUAAUCUAGAGUACAUUGAAAUACAUGACGGAGGCUCUGAAUUGUCCCCACUGUUGGGGAAAUGGUGCACGGGAACCCCACCGAGUCAGACCACAACCCGAAACAGAAUGUACAUCAAGUACUUUACGGAUACAGACACGCCGAACAAUGGUUUUGGUGCUAUCGUUAGAAUCGCUACCUGUGGAGGGACAUAUUUUGACAAGAGCUCGGUGACACUGUAUUCACCAAAGUACCCCUACAGUUACCUGCCAGACUUAUCCUGCACUUGGAGAAUUGUGGGGAGCAAUAUGGACACUCAGCUGACCUUCAACGUCUCAGAGCUGCUGCUGGGAGAAGAUAGUGAUAACUGUAGCAACGGUGAUGAUUAUAUAGAAAUUGACAACAUCAAUCCACUCUUCAACAGUGUGGACAAAGACUCUCCGAACCCACCCCCAACAAAGCUUUGUGGACGACAUCUGUCCAUUCCAAAUGGAACUGCCUUGAUACCUCCCAGCAGUUCGAAUGAAGUGUUUGUUCGAUUCCACUCCAGCUCUCAAGCCAGUUACGCCAACAGGAAGUUUGCUAUCACUGUAUACGCACAUCGACAAACAGGAUGUUACCACGAGAUCAACGCAGAGUCGGGUGUGAUAGAGAGUCCGGGCUACCCCAACCCUCCGCCCAGACACACCUAUCUGUUCUGCUCCUGGAUCAUCACUGUGCCAGAGGGCCGCAGGGUGUCCCUCAAGAUAACAGACUUUGACCUGGAGCCCAAGGGAGUCAACUAUUGGAAUGAGUUUAAAGUUUCGUUCUACAGUGGAGGCACUUACAUGUCAGCUCUCUCUCCAGACUCUGGAAUUCCAGAGAAAACCAUAGAUUCCUUUGGCAACAAACUGAGAGUCAACUACUACGAGGACUCCAUCAGCGGUGCCCAUCGUGGAAUGAGAGCACAGUUCUCAUCGCUUUUACCUGAUGCUUGUGGAGGCAAGCUGGGUGACAGUGGUGAGGUGAGUUUUGACGCUGUCUCACACAACUACUCGUACUACUUCUGUGAGUGGACACACACCAAGAACCCUGCUGAGGCAGACAUCCCCUCAACCUUCACCAUCACCAUCACUGGAGUUCUGAACACCAGGAACUCUUCUGACACUACUCUGCCUUCCUACAGCAGUGCUAGUGACCAGCUCACUGUCUAUACUCAGACUGAUUCCAACCCAUAUUACUCUUUGCAAUUGAAUGAAGAACUGAAAUCACCAACAGUUGUUCGCAAUCCAUUCAUGAAAACAACAAUUACGGCCAAAAAGAGGACUCCGUAUCAGUGGCGAAACAAGCCCGUGACACCUUCGAAGGCAAAUUUGACCAUCAAGUUCAAAACUGACCCUUGUGGUGGAAUGUUGAACAUCUCUGAUCAGUUCAUACAAAGUCCUGGCUACCCUUCUGGCUACCCUGCCAACAUGGACUGUGCUUGGCUAGUUAAGCUGCAAAGUAAUGCACAGAUAAAGGUGGAGAUUAUAAAGCUAGAUUUGGACAUGGAUUGUGGCAAAGACUUUGUCCGUCUGUACAACGGAGGCAGCCAGUCCUCGCCACUUCUGACAGACACCCUGUGUGGAAACUCGCCUCCGACAACACUCAAGACUCAGGAUAACCUUCUGUUUGUGGAGUUCCACUCUGGCCCAGUGAAGAGCUCACAUGGAGGCUUCCAGAUCAAAGUUACUGAGGAUUUUACAGCUUGCGGAGGCAUUAUUCACCUGCCUACUGGGUCCCUGCAGAGUCCCAACUAUGGGACUGGCGACUACCCCAACAACACGGAGUGUGAAUGGACAGUAGUGUUGCCUCCUGGCUCUCACGCAGCUAUCUCACUGAAGGAUCGCUUCAACCUGGAGAACUCUACGGACUGCAAAAAUGACUACAUUCAGAUUUUUGAUUGGCAAGAAGAAAAUUGGAAACAAAUUGGUGGAAACAUUUGUGGUAGAGUCCCACCUACUGAUAUGAAGGCUUCAGGAAACAAAUUUAGAGUUUUGUUCCGUACAAAUCCUUCGAUUACUGGUGACGGUUUUAAGCUUUCAUGGCAGAAUUUAUGUGGGGGAAUAAUCCAUGUGACAGGCAAUGGUACCAUCGUUUCUCCUAACUACCCUAAGUCAUACUUUGGCGACUUGAACUGCAACUACACCCUCAUAGCUCCUAAGCUACGAAGUAUUUACGGUGUAUUCGAAGAUUUCGGUAUUGAAAAAGCAUACGAAGGUGAGCAGUGCAGGUUUGACAAUGUCACUAUCACCACGUUCUCGCCUGCCAAUAAUAUGUUGUCGUGGCUGAGGUCGGACGUACUGAGUCGCUGGGGCCAACAAUACUCCAAUGUCAAAGAGACAACCCACUGCGGCUCUGACAUCCCGGAACCUGUCUUCAGCAACGACAAACUCCAACUGCUCUUCAGAACCGACAAAUUUGUCAGCUUCAAAGGGUUUCUUUUCCGUUACUCAUUAAUCGAAUGUGGGGGUAAUGUUACCUCCCCCACCACCAUCAGCAGUCCUGAACGCUCAAGGAUGCUGCGAAGCUGUACCUGGUACAUUACUGCCCCUGAGGGAAAAGUGGUCGUCGUCAAGAUAAAAAAAUCAAACCUUGGUUUUGUAUCUUGCCAUGACAAUGGACUUAAACUGUAUGAUGGACACAAUAUCACAGAUAAAUCACAUCUCAUCCAAACAUUGUGUGGAUUUUUCGUCCCGAAGAAAUCAAGAUACGUGUCUUCUGAUAAUAAAAUGGCCAUACAUUACUUCUUUGGCGAGUACUCAUCGCUACUGACCUCAUUAACUCUAGGGUUUGAAGCUGCCAUUGGUUUUACAUUAGGUGAGAAGCAGAAGUGCGGCGGAACGAUCUACACAGCCAAUGUCACUUUGCCGUACAUCCUGCAGGCGCCUGAUGUAGACAGAGAUGGCAAAUACGAGCCGUUGUUGUCUUGUGAUUGGUUGAUACUUGCGCCUGAAGCCCAUCAGGUGCGGAUCAAGAUAGACAGGCUGGACGUUCAAAACUGUACUGAUGGCAAUAACACCUGCACAUGCGACUAUCUCGAGGUUCAUGACGGGGAAAAUGACGCCACCACCCUGAUAGAACGGUUCUGUGGGAACACGGCUGAACCCAACGUCUUGACUUCAUCCAUGGGAAGCCUAUUUGUACAUUUCUUCACCGACGGGGCAGUGCAAACCUCUGGUUUCCAAAUAUCUGUGACUUCUUUUGUUUCCCCUUGUGGAGUAACUGUGAGGAACGCAACGUCAGAAACUCAAGUGCUCGAGUCUCCCAGCUUCACUGGAGACCACAUUCAGAGCUGUCUGUGGUUGAUAAGCACCCCACGAGGCGGUGGAUUACUGACUGUACGAUUUACAUCUGUCAACAUUCCAUCCCCGUGCACCAACAACUACGUCACUCUCGUAGAAAAAGUCUUUCUUGUUAGAAACUUUCCGCUGCCCGAAUUCAAUAUAGGUUCAGGAGCUGAAUCUCGUACAGUGGGCACGCCAGUUAGAAUCUGUGGCAAUCGGACGACAGAUAUCACAAUGUCAGCUCGCUCAGUUCAGGUGAAAUACUCAACAAACAGAGCCGGACCACAUACAGGAUUCAAAAUGGAGUUCAAGAUGAAGAAGGAUUGUAACAGUAACCUGACCACUCCGUAUGGUAGAGUGGUGGCCAACAGCAUGUACCAGUUUAGUGACUCUUGCAACAUCAACAUAAGUCAGGCACAGUCCAACGUCACCAUUUCAUUGUACUUCAACACGUUCAUCUGUCUCUCUAUGGGAAACGCAAACACCGGGCUGAAAAUUUACGACGGUCCUAAUGAUCAGGCGGAAGAAGUGGCAAGUUACUGCACACCAUUCAAACGUCCAAAUCCAGUGUUUUCAAAGGGACCUUCAAUGUACUUAGUGUUCAACAACUUCAAGAAUGUAGCACGAUACGAUAUAACUUACACAACAACUGAUCAAGGUAGAGGAUGCGGUGGAAGGUUCAAUGAUAUACUUGGAAGUUUCUCUUCCCCACUAUAUCCCGCACCCUACAAGAAAGACUCUGCUUGUCGUUGGGACAUUACAGUACCACAUGGCAGUAAAAUAUACUUCAACUUUAUAUUUUUUGACAUCGGAGUAACAUCUACAUGCAGUACAAAUUAUAUUCAACUGUACGACGUUGACACGAAAACAGGAUUGGAAACUGUGCAUUCGCGAUACUGCGGGCAAGAGAAGCCAGCCGAGGUUGAGAUGACUGGUGACUCGGCCAUUGUUCGUUACUUCACUACGAGUCACAACAACGGCACAGGCUGGGUGCUUCAAUGGGCGACUCACUCCAAAUAUGAUAAAGGGUUUUCUUUUGCUUUACUCUAAACGAUUAUAGUUCCUGUAAUUAUGUUUUUCAAUGCUGAACAAUCAGUUUUAUGUAUAGCAUAAAUGUAAAAUAUUAUGAAUAUUUUUGUAUAGAUAAAAUAUUUGUAAAUAAG